AUGAAAGAUGAAAACGAUGGAAAGGCAAGAUUGUUGUACAAAGAUGCCGAAGAAAGAGUGAUUGACUACAUGCAAGCUUCUGGAAUGAAAUGUUCCAAAGACAUGGUGAAAUCAAUUCAAGAUGAAAACUACAUCAAAUUGCUAAAGGAACACAAGAUCGAGAUGUCGGAUACAACUCGUGCUGAACUCGAAUCAAACGAGGAAAACCCUGUUGACGCAGACGACAGGAUGGAGACGGAGGAGACCGAGGAGGACAAACCAACAAUAGAACAGCGCAAUGUGCCAGCUCCUGAUCAGCAUACUGCAGUCUUCGACAAUUCCAGAACAAGCAACUGCACUCAACUCCUCUUUUGA